CAACAUUUGGAUUAGCCCUGUGUGGCUCAUUGGUUUCCACCACCACCACAUUAUCUUCUAUCUUGGACCCCUCUCACUCUUCACUUUACUCUACAACUCAAAGCCCAUGUUAAAAUUUGCUUGAACUAAGCCUUCCAUCACUUCUUUGUCCAUUUUUUUCUUGAUCUUUCUUUCUUCAGAUGGCUUCUAUGUCUAGAUUUGUUGCAAAAGAUCGGAAAUUGCAGUCAUGGGAGGUCCUUCACAGACCAAGUUUUGGUUUACCUGCAAGGAGUCAUCAGACCCAUCUGAAUGUAAGAAGCGAUUUUGGUGUUGCUGAGAAUGGCAGAAGUUGUUUGGCAAUCAAGAAUGUGUCUCGGAGCCCAAUUCUUGCUCUAACAGCCCAUUCCCCAAGUACCCAAUCUUCGGCUUCUAGGAACUCCAAAGUUUUGUGCAAGGCAGCAACCAAUGCAGCCGGAGAUUUUCCCAGCAGAACUCCAGGUGGAAUGAGCCAGUAUGAGAGAAUAAUUGAGACGUUGACAACUCUUUUUCCUGUUUGGGUUAUAUUGGGUACCAUUAUUGGCAUCUACAAGCCUGCUGCCGUAACUUGGAUACAAACAGACCUUUUCACUGUUGGCCUAGGUUUCCUCAUGCUUUCAAUGGGAUUGACACUAACAUUUGAGGACUUCAGACGUUGUCUACGGAACCCAUGGACUGUUGGCAUUGGAUUUCUUGCUCAAUACUUGAUAAAACCCGUGUUAGGCUUCCUUAUCGCAUUGACUCUAAAGUUGUCUGCUCCUCUUGCAACUGGUCUUAUUCUGGUUUCAUGCUGUCCUGGAGGCCAGGCAUCAAAUGUUGCAACCUAUAUAUCUAAGGGGAAUGUCGCACUCUCUGUUCUAAUGACAACGUGUUCAACUAUUGGGGCUAUCAUUAUGACACCACUCCUCACAAAGCUUCUUGCUGGUCAGCUUGUCCCUGUUGAUGCAGCCGGCCUUGCCAUUAGCACUUUCCAGGUUGUUUUAGUCCCAACAAUUGUUGGAGUGUUAGCAAAUGAAUUCUUCCCCAAAUUCACUUCGAAGAUAAUUACAGUAACACCUUUAAUUGGGGUCAUGCUUACUACCCUUCUAUGUGCUAGCCCAAUUGGGCAAGUUGCAGAUGUACUGAAAACUCAGGGAGCACAAUUAUUAUUUCCAGUGGCCCUGCUACAUGGUGCAGCCUUUUUUAUUGGUUAUUGGAUUUCAAAACUAUCAUUUGGUGAAUCUACUUCUCGUACCAUUUCCAUAGAAUGUGGGAUGCAGAGCUCUGCACUUGGAUUCUUACUUGCCCAAAAGCAUUUCACAAACCCUCUUGUAGCUGUCCCAUCUGCCGUAAGCGUUGUUUGCAUGGCGCUCGGCGGAAGUGCUCUAGCUGUCUUUUGGAGGAACAUGCCAAUUUCGGUUGAUGACAAGGAUGACUUCAAGGAAUAGAACUCAAAACUUCUCUUAUUGAUGGAGGGCUGUGCAUCUAUAUCUUGAGUGUUCUGUCAUGUGACCUAGCGGCUUAUGUGUGACCUGUGCCCCAUCUAUCAUUUUACCGGCCAAUAUAGACGAGGGGAAACAAAGUUUUUGACUUAGGUAGCUAUGUCAUGUUGGGUCAUAAGCAUUGGAUCUUUCUUUUGUUACUACUCCGCUUCAAAUUUCAACGUUCUUUCCAUAAUGUCUAUCAAGGAUUUCUUAGGUGGAUUUUCUGUUCAGAAGCAAAGUGAGGACAAUUCAGUUUCUUGAUCAUGUAACUUAGAAUGGUUUCUUGAGAAACAUUUGAAUCAUGCGCAUCCUCUCGAGAUUUGAUCCUGCAUUGCACAUCCUAUAAAUUUUCGGUUGUUGAAUUUGCAUACUGAAUGAUGCACAGGAUGAUAAGCUUAGACGAUUAUCGUGACUGCUAGAAUGGUGCAAACAAGAACUGUAGUCCCCUUAUUUUGUUUGGAUGCCUAAUUGUUGGACUGUCGUUUGUAUGUGCAUG